GGAUGGUGGAUAUGGGAUGGUUGCUAAAACCUGCCUCACUAACAAAUUUGAGGACACAAGAGUUGAGCUCGGGAGAUUUGUCACCUUGCGUGCUCUUGAGUCCAGGCAACAUUUCACUGUGGCUCUUGGCCUGUAUUCUGCAGAUAACAACCCGAUGAUAAUAAUUUUCUUUCCUCCCCAUUGGCAAUGUGUCUGCUACACGCCUAAGCACUUUUCAAACCUGCUGGGUGUGCAAAUGCUUGGCGUUGCAUUACCUUCAUCCAGCUUUGCAAGCUACUGGUGACAAAAUUAUGACUUUUGGCCUCUGCAGGGAUGGUGGUGCAGCCUUUUCACCCAAGGUGAUUGAAAAGUGGUGACUUUGUGACUGGGUGACAGAUGGAGACCACAUUACAGGUUACAAGAAGUCCUUGAUCUAAAAUGAUUCAUGUGAUCAAAAUUCGUGUGCUUGGCAACUGGCGUGUAUUUUAUGACGGUUGCAGGAUCACGGGGUUUUAUGAUCAUCUUUUGUAACCUUCCCAACAAGCAAAAUCAAUGGGGGAAGCCAGAUUCGCUUAACAAUUGCACAAUCCAUUUAACAGCUGCAGUGAUUCAUUUAACAACCACGACAAAACUGACUCAACAGCUGCCUUGCUUACCACCAAAAUUUUGGGCUCAGCUGUGGCUCAACUGUAUUCAGUUCUGUGACCAUAAAAAAAGAGGCCAGCUUUUAUCAACUUGAUUUUUAUGAAGAAUCUUACUCAACCAUUGGAUCUUGUACACAGCAAAAUGCUGAUUUUGAUCUUUCAGUAUCAAGGUUCAAUUCCUCCGAUUUCACAGAAUACGUCAUACCCUAAGACUUUGUUCAGCUCUUUCUGAAAUGGAGCACUUGGUUAAACUUAAAAAGUGUUUGAAGGACAAAUUUCCACAGCAUCCCAGAGCUGGCAGAAGACACAGAGGGAGCCUUCGUGUGUAUUGUCACAUUCCACAAUGUCGGAAGACACUUUUCUUGAAAAUGCACUUUGCUUUUUGGGUGCCAGGUUUUUCAUUUGAAAAGACCCGGCUACAUAAGUUUCAUUGAUACAACUCAUCCUUGAGUUGCAGUGACUCUUGGUGCCCGAUUCUUGGGAUCUGGCAGAAUUUGCUGAAGCCUGCAUGCUGCUUCAUGCAGAUACACGUUCUGGGUCAUGAAACUUAAUCCACAGCAAGCUCCAUUGUAUGGUGACUGCAUCAUCACCAUAUUGCUAACUGAAGAUGACCGCGUUGAAAGCGACGAUGUAAUUUUUUAUCUCGUUUUCACUGGAUCAGCCCUUCAACACUACACCAGCACUAGGAAGCUUGAUUCAGGGAGACUGGAAACCAUUGCUCCAGGCCAUGACUGUUGUGAGACGGUGAAGGUGUCUCUCUGUGCCACCAAGCAAGGCCACCCACUUCUGGUGGUGGCCGAGGAGAGCUUGCAGUUUGUCCAGGAUGAAGCUUACGACGCGGCACAGUUCCUGGCAUCGUGUGCCGGGAACCAGCAAGCGUUAAACUUUACACGUUUCCUGGACCGCUCCAGGCCACCUGCAGGGGACUUAGAUUUUCUGGAUGAGAAAGUAACUUUGGCGUUUCGUCACCUGAAACUGCCGACCGAGUGGAACGUGUUGGGAACAGACCCCAAUCUCAAUGAAAAUGUUCCCCGGGAGACGUUGUUGCAUUUUGCAGCCAGACUCGGUUUGCUACGUCUGACGUGGUUCCUGUUGAAGCAACCAGGUGGCAGAAGCGCCGUGAGUGUUCCAAACAGUGAAGGAGCCACACCGGUGAGCUUAGCCUUGGAGAGGGGCUACCAGAAACUGCAUCAUAUCCUGAACAAAGAAGAAGCCAAUGAACCAGAUUCCUGGAGCACCUUGUCACAUACAGUACAUUCUGGGGACUCCUGCAUCAAGUACCACCAAAGCUUAAACAUUUACACUCUGACAGUGGAAAUGAAGGAAGGGGACAAACUGAACAUGGAGAAAGAUAUCAUUCAACUCCAGCUGCACAUCCAGAAUCUCCAGCCUACGAACGUGAAGGAAGACCAUUGUCCAGCGCAGACCUGGGAGUACCGUGGUUUGGAUCCUGUGCUUGAGGGUCCUGAAGCUGCUGCAGACCCUGGUUUGGAUGUAUCGAUGGUGGAAGCAACUCCAAAAGGUUCUUCUGAUCCGCUGGAGAUCUCACCCUCUGUCUGCCUUGGGGAGGAAGGCAGCUCCCAGCAACUCGAAGAGCUGACAGGCGCAUCACAAGAGACGUUGAGGUUGGAGGAAAUGCAGAACCAAAGGACUUCCUGUCAGGGCGAAACAUUGCCACACAAAGCGGAAGGGGAGUGUUUCUCCUCCGUUGGAGACUCUGGGGCACCGUUGGAAGAAAAUGAUAGCAAGAGUACUUUUUGUGAUGCCGCUGGCCUCCCCUUCUCGGAAAAUACCAACAAGGAAGCUGGAAUGACCUCCUCCAGUGCUACUUUGGAACAAGGGAACGUCUGUGAAGGACAUAAUCUCUUCCAGGAAGUGCAGCUGGCUGAAUCAAGAGUAACGGAAAAUACAUCCCCAACUUCCUGUGAGGGCAGCAAUGUAAGUAUGGGACAAGGUGAAUGCAAGAGCUGCACAGGGGCCAUAGAUGUUAAUGUGACAUCCCAACCGUAUAUGAAAAAUGAGGAAAUUGACAUGGAGCCUUCCGGGACAACAGUUAUGGCAUCCUCUGUUGCAUCACAAACCAAUCCUGCUGCUUUCUUCCUUGGGGAUGGUGACCCUACUGUCACCUGUAAAGAUGAGAAUGAGCCAACCUCAGUGCCAGAAGGUUCUGCAGAUGUGGUGGCUAGUGCAGAUGUUAGUUCUCUUGACAAUGGAAGUAACAAAGAGAUUGGAACAGAAAAUCACAUCAACAGUGGACCAAAGAACACUGUUACAAAACAAUCAGAGGAGAAGGAGAAGGAGAACAUUGCUCCAAACCCUGGAAUAGAACCGUUGUCCAAAAACCUUAUAGACACCUCUGGAUUUUCUCUGGAGCAUCCUUCUGCGAUGGAAGUGAAUGAUGGAGGGCAAUGGAGAGAUGCAGAUAUGUCUAUUGAAAACAUUGCUAUGGAUUUGAGCAGCAAAGAGCUGAACGCUUCUCUAGAGGGCAGUGUGGAAAAACCCAGGAAGAGCCUAACAUGUGUGCGGUCCCAGGCUGCCUGUGGUGGAGCUGAAAUCCCAGAGACCUCGGCGAUAGAGCAGAGUGAGCAAAAAGUAAUUGAUCUGACACCAAUAGAGACCGAAGGAAACGCCGAUCCUACCGUGGUUGGUCAGGGGUGUCUUGCUGAAGCCCAGGAUGAGAAACAGGAUUUGGGCGAAGACCGAGAGUUCAGUUCCUCUCUAGCGCACACAGAUCCAGGUGACGGCCCUGAAUCGCAUCCAGAUGUUUUCAACUCUUUUAUGUCGCCCUGUGAUCUCGAGAAGCCUCUUUGUGGACCGGCGGAGAUGAUAGGAAGCGAAGAGGAACCGGAUCAAUCUGGCGAAAGCCUCCGAAAACGCAUAGCCCUGACAUCAGCCUUGCUUGUGGAGAAAGUUAUUCAGGAGGCUCAGUUGACUGUUACACAGAAGGGCAAGGCUACAGCAGCCUCUGUUGGCCAGGAAGCUUCUUCACAAUUGGAGAGCCUUGCCCUAUCUUUGCAUGGUAAGGGCACUCCGUGUAUUCAGGAGCAUUUAAUGGGCACACCCUCUGCUGCUUUUAAUCAAGACUCCAAGCAAAACCAGGAAGUAGGAACAGCAAUAACAGCAGAGGCAGCAGCAGCAGCAAAGCUGCUGACUGGAGCAGCUGAACAGGGAAGCCCGAUGCAAGGUGAGCUGGCAGCCACGUCUCUUGCUCUGGUGGAUGGCUGGGGAAAAGACCAGGAGCCCAGCUCUUCUCAGCUGCCUGAAAGUGAGAAGGAACUGCUUGGCAAGGAAAAGGCUUUGCUGGAGAGCUUCCCUCCAGGAGUCCUUGUGCAAUCGGCUUCUGGUGAUCUGGGGAGAGAGCACCCAAUGGAUGGAAGCCAUGCCGAGCCUGGCUUAAAGGAGGAAGCCUCCAGUAUGGAACAACUUGAGGAGCAAGUAAAGGUAGAGGCGGUCGGGGACGUUCCUCCAGAGCCUGGCUUGGCAAAGGGUGCCUCUCUUUGCAACAGGGGGACGCCUUCCCCUGAGGUCAUGUUGAACCCGGGACUUGAGCUUGGUCCAGCUGGGCAAGCAGCCUCUCCAGCUGGCAGCACAUUGGAUGGGAUGGAAGCUCCUCUGACGGCUCUGGAACUGGCCAUGGAAACUGGCCUUUCACAGGAAGAGGGGGGAGUGGAAAACAUCCCUUCCCGAAUAUUGCUUCAGCCAAUUGCUGAAGAACUCCUUUGUGACUGCGAUUCUGGUCCCGAAAUGCCCUCGCUGGCUAGUGAGAUGGACGUUACGAAGCUGGCAGAGUCAGAGAAAGAGAGUAGGAGGAGUAGCCAAGCUGAGCCAGAAUCAAUUCCCGUGCCUCUCUGCUCUUUUCCCGGGACUGAGCAGUUGGACAAAGUUGGAACGGAAGACUCUGCUCGGGAACCUGAUUGUCUGUUGGGUAAUGCUGACCCGAUGCCUGGUCAAGUGAUACUGCUGGCAGAAGCACAUGUCUCUUUGGAAUCUCUCGCUGGAAAUCCCGUGGAAGUCCCCUGCUUGGUGGAAGCCAUCUCCGAGGAGACUAGCUGUCUCCUUAGUGAAGUUAAAGAGGAGAUAAAUGUACAGCCUGAUAGCAAAAUGAACUCUGCAGCCCUGGAACUAACCAGCUCUUCACCUAUUGCAGACUCUCUGGAAAUGCAGACUAAAGAAGAAAUGGAUUUUCAGACAGAUCUAGCUGAGAGCAUUACUUCUGAAGAAGGGAUCAACCGUGAAAACUGGUGUCCAGUUGAACCUUCUCCAGAUUCUUUACUGUUGGAGCAGAAGCAUCCUUGCAACUCUGCAGAAAGUGAUAAUUUUCUAGAAGACAGAUUAAGCGGUGACGGCUCUUCUUCACAAGGCAUCCUUAAGAGAGGAUCCGGGAGUGACUCCGAGCUCUUUCCUCUCUCCAGUGAUGGUCUGGAUGAGGUGGACUUUAGAAAGCAGCCUGAAGAGGAACAAUCAGCUGGCAGGAGCUCAACCUCUUCAGUGGAAGAUACCACAUCGCUGGAAAGGAACUCUUCCUUCGGCAGUAACUUUUCUGUUCCUCGCACCCCUGGUCUCCUUGGGUCCAAGGAGAGGUACAGCCCAGAUGGCAGCUGCUUCAACAUGGGGGCGAAUGGAGAAGGUCAAGAUGGCAUGGCAGUGGUCUCUGGAGAACUGGACGAAUUGCUGGAUAGUGUCAUGGAGGUGUCCCCUCCUUCGUCUGGCUUGCGGAACAAUUUGAGGCCGUUGUCACCUUUCCGUCGGCAUAGCUGGGGCCCAGGGAAGAACAGCAACAACGGCGAAGCUGAGGUCAACCAGAGGAGUUCAGUGCGACUGCUGGGGGAAGUCGUAAGGAAGGCUCCCUCCCAUAGAAGAAGUUUGAGCUGGUGUCCCUCAGGUGUCCAGUGCAAUGCCAUGGAUGCUGACUUUAAUGGUCGAAGUUACAGCUUAGAAGGACUUUCUGGAGAGGCUGAUAAUACUACUAGUAAGCCAUCGUCAAGUCUUGAUGUAGCAUCUAUGAACACCAAGGAUCUUCGUCAGAGUCCUUUAGCCAAUGAUGACCGAGGAUCACUGGUCUCACUCACUGAAGAGGAACAAGAAUCGGAGCUAGGAGAAAUGAGAAGUCAGAUUCUCCAAAGAUCACAGCCCCACACCUUCGGCUUCUGCACAAAUCCUGUUUCUCCUCCAUUAACGAAAUCCAUGUCACUGAUGACCAUCGCCCAAGUGGGAUCAGACAAUACACAGGGACGGAUUCAGCCAUCUAGACGAGUUUUCUUCUCCUUCAGCAUCUCCCCGCUCAUUCCUAAGUCUAAAACUGUCUUUUCUAUUGACUCUUCUUCCAGCGAUGAGGAGGAGAACUUGGAGAGUACCCGAUCCUUCAGCAGCUCCCUGACUCAAAGCAUCAGCGAGGAGAGUGGCAGUUUUCCACCCCCAAGUCCCUCCAGAAAAGAUUUGGAAGUUAAAAGUGGAACGAAAGUCAGCCGUACGUUCAGCUACCUCAGGAAUAAAAUGUCCAGCAAUAAGAAGAGCAAAGAGAAAGAGAAAGAUAAAGAGAAAUUGAAGGAACGGGACAAAGACGCCAAGGAAAAAGACAAAGAUAACAAGAUACUAAAUGGCCAUCUCUUCAGUGCCAUCUCAACUGUGGGCCCCAUCAGUUGUUACCACUGUCUCAAGCCCUUCAACAAGGAUUCACUUGUCUGUGCAAAUUGUAGUGCCAUGGUCCAUAAAGGCUGCAAAGAGAGUGUGGCUGCUUGUGCCAAGGUCAAAAUGAAACUCCAAAAAAAUCCAAGCGGUCUUCAGCCUCAUGAUACUUCUUCAUUGCCCACAGUAAUUAUGAGAAAUAAGAGUUCUCAGCCAAAAGAGAGGCCCAGAUCAGCGAUUCUUGCUCCUGAUGAGAACAUUACAACUUCAGUGUUCAAUAGUAGGCGAUCCCAGCAGAACCUGUCCCUUUCAAAGAGUGUUUCCAUUCAGAACAUUGCUGGUGUCGGAAAUGAUGAAAGUAUCCUUCACACACGGAAAUUUCUCUCCCAAUCAACAGACUCCUUGAAUAAAAUCAGCCGGGUAAAUGAAUCCAUGGAGUCAUUAACAGAUGAAGGGGCAGAUAUGAAUGAAGGGCAACUCAUGGGAGACUUUGAAACAGACUUGAAACAUCUGGAAGCUCAGUCUUGGAGUCAAGUGGUGGACAGCAAGUUUCUCAAACAGCAGAAGAAAGACAUUGUGAAGCGGCAAGAUGUCAUUUAUGAACUGAUGCAGACAGAGAUGCACCAUGUCCGGACCUUGAAGAUCAUGAGUGAUGUCUACAGCAGAGGAAUGGUGCAGGAACUACAAUAUGAGCAGCAGAUGGUGGAGAAAAUCUUUCCUUGCUUGGACAACUUGCUGAACAUCCACAGCCAGUUCUUUCAGAGAAUUCUGGAGAGGAGAAAGGAAUCCCUGGCUGACCGAAGUGAGAAGAACUUUGUCAUCAAGAGGAUAGGGGACAUCCUAGUGAAUCAAUUUUCCGGAGAGAACGCCGAGCGAAUGAAGAAAACGUAUGGGAAGUUCUGUGGGCAUCACAAUGAGGCAGUAAAUUACUUCAAAGACCUCCAUUCCAAGGAUAAAAGAUUUCAGGCAUUCAUCAAAAAAAAGAUGAGCAGCUCCGUGGUGAGACGUUUGGGCAUCCCUGAAUGCAUCUUGCUGGUAACGCAAAGGAUCACCAAAUACCCCGUGCUUCUUCAGAGAAUAUUACAAUAUACCAAAGAAAAUGACCCUGAACAUCAAGACUUGGUGCUUUCCUUGAACCUGUUGAAGGAAGUCAUAACGGCCGUCGACAGCAAAGUCAGCAAUUACGAGAAGAAGAUGCGCCUUAACGAGGUCUAUACCCGGACGGACAGCAAGUCGAUCAUGAGGAUGAAGAGCGGGCAGAUGUUUGCCCGAGAAGAUCUGAGGCGCAGGAAGUUUGUCCGAGAUGGACCGGUUUCUCUCAAAAAUGUAGCUGGGAGAUUGAAAGAGGUCCUGGCUGUUCUUCUCUCGGAUGUCCUGAUAUUUCUCCAGGAAAAGGAUCAAAAAUACGUAUUUGCAUCCCUGGAUCAAAAAUCCACUGUGAUCUCGUUGAAGAAGCUGAUUGUCCGUGAAGUUGCCCACGAGGAGAAGGGCCUGUUCCUGAUCAGCAUGGGAGGAAAAGACCCUGAGAUGGUGGAAGUGCAUGCCAGCACUAAGGAGGAGCGCAACAGCUGGAUUCAAAUUAUCCAGGACACUAUCAACACAAUGGACAAAGAGGAAGAUGAAGGUAUCCCUAGCGAAUCAGAAGAGGAGAAGCGGGUGCUGGACACCAAGGCCAGAGAACUGAAAGAACAGCUCCACCAAAAAGACCUGCAGAUUAUCACUCUCUUGGAGGAAAAAGAGAAGAUUUUCAGAGAUAUGACAGACUGCAGCGGGCCCGAGGAAGGACAGGGGGCCCGGAUGCUGUUCCGGGCAAACACCGACGAAGCACCGAAAGGAGAAAGUAUAAUGAAGAAUCUGAUCAGUGAAGUUGAGCAGCUGCAAGGUUUGGUGAGCAGAGGCCUGGGAAGUUCUUUCGGGCAGCAGAUGACCAGUCCGGCCUCUGACCAGGAGAGUAUGGGGCCCAUCUCUCUCCCCAGGAGAGCAGAGACCUUUGGAGGGUUUGACAGCCACCAAAUGAACGUCUAUAAAGGUGGGGAGAAGGAUGAAGGAGAAGACGUGCAGGAUCUACGGAGGACUGAGUCUGAUAGUGUGUUGAAGAAGGGAGGAACAGCUAACUUGAUGUUUUUGCUGAAAAGAAACAAUGAGCAGGUGCUCCAGAGCAUAACUCAGCUUCACAGCUUGCUGGGCUUACUGCAGGCUGUUGUUGUGCAACAAGACACCUACAUUGAAGACCAGAAGCUGCUGCUCACCGAGAGGACCUUGAACCGCAUCUCAUUCCGACCUAACUCUUUGAUUGAGCAGGAAAAGCAACGCAGCCUGGAAAAACAGCGGCAAGAGCUGGCCAAUCUGCAGAAGCAGCAGACCUUGCACCAGGAGGAACGGAGGAAGAAAGAGAAGGCGUGGGAGGCCAGAGAGAAAGAGCUAACGGAGCGAGAAUCUCAGCUAGGCCAGAGGGAAGAGCAGAUCCAGAAAGGGCAUCACAGCCUGGAGAAGGAGCGGGAGGAGCUGCAGCAGAAGAAAGCAGCCUAUCAACUUGAUCUGGAACGUCUCCGGACGGCCCAGAAGCAACUAGAGAAAGAAAAGGAGCAACUGAAGAAGGAAAUGGAGCAAAUAUCUCAACCACAGAUGGAACCCGAUCUCAAACUGAAUCCCAGUCAACAUACCAAAAUGAGCAGAACCCCUUCCCUUCCUCCCACAGAGGACUUGUCUUCUAGACAAUUGUGUUCCUCGUUGCCCAAAGGGCACUUGGAUACAGAACUUUCCGCCUCAUCCAAAAGGAACAGUCUCUCAAGGACGAAUAAAGAGAAGAGCUCUUUUCAUUUGAUUGGCACUGCAACAUCGGGCCAAGCCAACAAGCCAACAGAAGGACAUGGGCAGAUACCCAACCGCCUCUUCGGUUUAGCCAAGCCGAAGGAGAAGAAGGAGAAGAAAAAGAAGAGCAAAAGGGAUCGUUCACAGACUUCUGAUGCUCACUCUGCAGAAGGAGCACCAGAAGGCGAGGAGAUCUUUUGCUGAUCCCACGCCUUGUCUCCAGCCAGGCCAUCUCCAGAUCUGCCCUAUGGAGAGAGGCCGAAGAAUCGAACAACUCUUUAUUCUAGACAUUGAACUGCGUUGGGCUUUCCCCACCUUUCACUCCUAUAAUCCACUGUCCAUUCCCACUUCUGGGUCUUCUUGAAUAGGUCACAUCUGAAAACAUGUCCGAAAGGACAAUAGGAGGAGGAGGAGGAGGAGUGACCACAUGGAAGAACUGUGGAUACAGCCAGACUGGGCGGGCUCAGUUUGAGCUGAAUGUGCUCUGAAGAAUUCUGAUUCUCUCUGCAAUGCUAACUCGUGACUUGCCUAGGCGGAUAUUCUCUUCUUUCCUUUUCAUCUUGAACGACGGAAUUUGUGAACAAGGGCAACAAAGCUCACCUUCUCUUUGGAAACCACCACACACACACUCACCCCCCAAUCAAAAACCUUCUGUAGAAAAAAGAUGUGACUCUUUUACGCAGUGUUUCUACACUGGUCUAUAUAGAUGUAAUGUAUACACACUUCUCUACCUACUUAACUGAACAUAUAGAUAUAUACACACACAAACACCAAAAAUAAAUUGUAGCUCCAUAUCCUUUGGAUAUGCUGUAUGUCUGUAGAGAAAGCUAAGGAACUUUAGAUGUAUCCUAACAGGGUUGGCAGGCACCUGCUCAGGGAUUGGGUCAGGGCUAUACGGCCUCUGUGAGUUUUGCCUUCAGCUGCAAAGUUGCAUCAAGAUUUUGAAGUGGAAGGGCCCCUAAAGCAAGAUUCCUGGGGAAUAGUUGAAGCACAUUGCCCAGCGGCAGAAAAAAAGAAAUAUAAAAUGGAUUGGAACCAACGCAUGGCCCUAGAUUGGAGAGGUGAAAUGGGCCAUGGUUGGAAAUGAGAAAAUCCUCUCUGGAAGUCAUCUCAGAACAGCUACAAAGGGAAUACUUAAAAUCGCCACCACUCUGAAUUUCCAUGGAAUUGUGAGGUACAUCCUAACUCCCUGUAUAGGAUUUGUCUAUCUAGGAAGCAACACCUAUUGAGUUGGCUAUGCAGUUGAAGAAGCUGAAGAAGUUACAAACUCAAACCAAAUUCUCUGUUCCUGCUUUCUUGGCUUCUCCCAAAUUCCUGUACACAUUUUCUCCCAAUUUCAUUGUCUCGUCUCGCUAGAAACUAUGUUGAGGAAGUGGGUGACUGUCAUUAGGAUGAAAGAGUUGUGAUAGAGAAGUACCGUUAUAUUGGUUUGGUAUAAUUUCUUUCACGUGGAUUAAAGAGGCCACAAUACCCCUGAAUGUAACUUGGAUAGAUUUGUUGCUUUAAGAAUUUGUAGAGUUCUCAUCUCAAUGCUAUCACCUUUUUUGAAGUGGAGGGGCCAGGAGUUGAAAAAUGUAUGCAAAUGUACAGACACCCCAAAACUAUUUGCUGCAUACCUACCUUCCAGUUGCUCCUUUAAUACUUGCCUUAAUCCAUGGGUGGGGAAAUGGUGUCCUCUUGACUUAUCCAAGGGAAGCCAGACUUUAUCAGCUGUCAACACACAUAAAUGUAUGUUUGUUUGUUUUUUGCAUCUGUGGAUAGUCAUCAGUCAGUUUCAGAACAUAAGUCAUCUGAAUUUGGUCUCCUUGGCAUGGAAUGUAGGAAAGUGCUUUGCUUCUGUUUCCCUACCUGCAAAUGGAUAUCAUUGCUCUCCUCGUCUGCUAGGUCUACAAGAGAGGGGAAUGUCUCUCUUGUAGGCCUCCUUUCCACUCAGCUUUGUUUAGAAAAGCACACGGAUGCUUUGGUCCAAGCAGGGAGCAUGUGAGGAAAUGGACCGUUUCCCUUGUUCGUUCAUGCCAAGAGUAAAUGCAGUUGAGGAAAUAGUUGUCAGGCCUUCCUUUCUUUCCUCCAAGUUUAACCCUCUAGGAUCAUCUGGCCCAUCAUAGUUAGUAGGGAGUUUUAUCCAGCCCCAGGAUUUAAAUGUAAUCUCCCUCCCUUCUCCCCUCGCAUUAGUGACAGACUGCAAGAAAUUGGUGUGGUGAGAAAGGAGAGAUUGGAAAAACCAAAAAGCAGCUCAGCUUGGCAAUUUGGGAUGAGUGCGGAAUAACAUCCUUGUGUUGAAAAUCUUUACAGCCUACUUUCACAGCGUCUUGCCCCAGAGAUUAUUCUAGUAGGCUGAGCAAAUAGCAAGGAAUCUGUUUACCUUUAAAGCUUGAAUAAACAAGAAAACCAUUUUUGGGUAUCCCCCUCCUUCAAAGAAGGUUUUGCACUAUUGUUCCACCCUUGUGUUCUCUCUUUAAAACAUCUCAGAAACCAUUUUCACACACCACCCAAUUUGCAGAACCAGGACUUAAAAAAAUAAAUAAAUUAAUGAAUGUGCCUUUACAAGUAUAGAUGAUCUCUGGGGUCCUGGCUGAAUCUGAUGUUCUCUAAAACAAAUUCACGCUGUCCAGAAAGAAAGCUAGAGGCAGCUAGAGAAUUUUAUUUCUUGUUUUUUUUAUUUUUUUAUUACCACGAUUGUUACGUGAUAUUUGUUUUCAGUUGCAAGCUGGGCUUGUGUUGAAAAAAAAAAAAAUCUUUCUGUUUGUUUGAAAGAAGUCUGGAUUUUUAAAAUGACAAAUGUUUACUUGGAUUGUCUGUUUUGCUUUAUUUUUAAGCUGGGCUUAUGAAGCCUAAGGAAUGUUUGUUUGUAUGUGUGUUUGUGUGUCUCUGUGUAUUUCUUGUGUAAAUAUAUCAUUGAUUACUGAUGUGCUAUUUGAAUGAAACCAGCAUUAAAUGCUAUCAACCACUGGUGGGAAAAAAAACCUCUAAUAUACAGCAUUUCUUGGCCAAAGCAAACUUAAGAUGCUAAGACUGGUGGAAGGCUCUUUGCAAAAAAACGAAGAUGGGUUGAAAACUGGAGUCAGUUCACACGGUGUGGAUGCUUAUUCCACUUUUUCUGGUGCUCUAAAGAGGAAUGGCAGGUUUUCAAAAACCGCUUUCCUCCUUCUCCAAAAUGGUUGUCUCCAUCGUAACUGCCAAGGGAUGUCUCUGCCGCACCAAAUGCUUUUGAGUUGACAAGUGUACUUCUUUCUGCAAUGGAAUCAAAUCUUAAGUUUUAAAGAGAAUUUAAUUUAGUUUAAUCUUGUAUUAUUCCUGUCUGCAACUCACCGUGCGAGUGCAGAGACACACGAGACGGUGAAAAAGCAAAAGAGAUACCAGUUGAUACGAAAAGCUCUUAGCCAAAAUCUCUGCUGCCAUUCUUCCUUUUUGUCACAAGAGAGACCAGAUAGAAAUUGAUCUAUGUAUUUCAAAGAAAUCUCUGGAUAUUAUGAGUUCUUUAUAUCUUGUUCAUUUCCUGUUUGGCUAGUUUAUGGUUGAUUACUGUGAUGAGUUCUUUUUGGCAAGGAUUGUGUGCACUAGCAUCACAAUUAUAUGACAAUGCAUUUCUCUCACUUGAGUUCCUCCCACUUCUUCCCAUAGGCUUGUGCGAAGGUACCAGUUGCAUGUUUCCGAUUGAAAUAUAUCUUGAAAAAGGAAAAGAUAAACCUUUAAAAAUCAAAUGUACAUCAAUGGAGAGUUGAAAAGAAAAAGAAAUUGUUAUAUAUUCAUUUGUAAUUAUGUAAAGAAAAUUAAGUUAGGUUUACGAUUGUAAAUUUUUUAGUUUCCCGCGGUGUAAUUUGCAAAAAUGGAAAAAAAAACCAGAUUUUCAUAAUCUUUUAUUUAUCUACCUUUCUUGCUACGAAAAGCAACUCUUGUAAAGUUAAAUUUCCUUACCCCUUUAAAUAAAUGUUGAUUCUAAGUCA